AUGAUCGCCGCGGGCGCGGCGCGGGCCGCGGCGGCAAGCAGGGCGGGUGUUGUCGGCCGGGGCUUCGCGUUUACUACGAGUGCGCGAUUGGGCCUCAAGGAGUCGUCUAGCCAGACGGACACCGACUACGAAAAGCACAAGCAGGACUCGCUGAGCAAGCAGCGCAAGGGCUCGGGCCACUGGAAGCCGGAGCUGGCGUCGGACAGCGAGGAGGCCGUCAAGGCGGAUAAGGGGAAGCACGACGGGGACAUGGCGUCGCUGCAGGAGAGGACCAAGAGGGCCGCUGAGGAGUCGUCCAAGGCGGGGACGAGUGUACGGGACGACAUGUGA